CCACGCAUCGGUUAGGUUUGCGUCUUGGCGGUGUGGUACCCAUCCGUACGGCCACAGCGACGACGAUUUUACCGCGCUUUUUAUUUUCGAUUGUUCAGGAUUCGGGCCUCAGGGGUGUUCAGUGGUUUGAUUUUUGUGACUUGAACUUAGUGACCGACUUUUAACUCCCAAUAAGUUUGUGGACACUUUAUAAAAAUGCCGCUCCUGUUUCGGGUGGCGGAGUGUGUGGCGUUUCUGGCCUUCCUGACGGCGGCUAAUGCGAAUGCCAAUAACGGCAGAUACGCCAGGAACUAUCUGUCGAACAACACGCACUACGAUCGGUACGCCAGGAACCACCAGGAACUGCCCCAGAGUCAAAGACCUUUAACACCUGGAGGGCCAAAUGUGUGUCGGGUCAGUAAUCGAAUGCAAUGUUGUCCUGGGUGGCAGCGUGACCACAUUUUGGGCUUUUGUAUUACACCCGUGUGUAGCAGAUCAUGUGGCCGUGGUAAAUGCGUGCAGCCCAAUAUUUGUCUGUGCGAAGGUGGCCGUAAAUCAUCAUCGUGCGCCUAUAAACGUGGACCGGGAUCAUGUCGGGCCAUUUGCAUGAACGGCGGCACGUGCGUGGAGGGGAAGUGUACCUGCGCCCCCGGCUACACCGGGGAGUUUUGCACGGAACCCAUAUGUUUGGACCCGUGCAAGAACGGAGGCAGAUGUAUCGGUCCCGAUAGGUGCGCCUGCAUGUACGGUUUCGCCGGGAGCCACUGCGAAGUUGAUUACAGGACGGGGCCGUGCUACAGCGGCGUCAGGGGAGCCCUGUGCGUGAACCAGCUGGAGGGUGUUGUUUGCACUAAGACCUUGUGCUGUGCCACUGUGGGAAAAGCCUGGGGACACCCCUGCGAACAUUGUCCCUCGCGUUUGGAAUGCGAGACCGGCUAUCUGAAGAACCAGAAGACUGGAGAAUGUGUCGACAUCAACGAGUGCGAGGCAAUCCCGCAUUUAUGCACUGGCGGCCAGUGCGUGAACACGCCGGGUUCGUUCGACUGCGUUUGCGGUCCGGGCCAGGCCAGAAACCCGGACACGAACAAAUGCGACGACAGGAACGAGUGCGAGGACGAGGAUUUAUGCCAGGACGGACGGUGCGUCAACACCGACGGCUCGUACUUCUGCCUAUGCAACCCUGGUUUCAUCCAGAGCCAGGACAAGAAGUAUUGCAUCGAUGGGCGACAAGGGCUUUGUUACACUGAGAGGACACCGCAGGGGUACUGCAGGAACAGCCUUCACAUGAGGCUUUCCAAGAAGGAUUGCUGUUGCGGCCUGAACAUGGGGCAAGGUUGGGGGGACGACUGUUCACCCUGCCCCCAAUAUGGAGAAGAUGAGCACAGGCAACUUUGUGCGACUCCAAUUCAUCACGUCCCGGGAGGGCCGGGUAGUACUGAGGUGAUCUACCAACCUGGUUCAGAAAUUCCUAGUAGCCAGAAAAAGGUUGACAUGUUUACUGUUAACGAAUGUAUUUUACGACCAGACAUCUGUGGCAGGGGAAGGUGUGUGGACACCCUUGAAGCUUACGAGUGCCUUUGUGACUCUGGGUUCAGACCUGGCCUCAACAAGGCUUGUGAAGACAUUGACGAGUGCAGAGAAGGGAAGUGCCAAAACGGUCGUUGCAUCAACACUCCAGGAAGCUUCAUCUGUCAAUGUGCGCCAGGCUUCGACAUUUCUCCCGACGGUACUCUGUGCACCGACAUGGAUGAAUGCGCUAAAAUCGGCAUGUGCACGAACGGAAUUUGCAUCAACAUGGACGGAAGCUUUAAAUGCAGCUGUAAAACCGGCUUCAAACUGUCCCCCACUGGCUACGCCUGCGUUGAUAUCGACGAAUGCGACGAGAACUCAAGGAUUUGUCUGAAUGGCCGAUGCGAAAACACUCAAGGAUCGUACACGUGCUCCUGUUUCCCCGGAUUUGUCGAGUCGAAUGACAGGACGUUUUGCAGUGACCUGGACGAGUGCACAACAACAGGGAUGUGCGAUCACGGCAGAUGCAUUAACAUGGAGGGAUCAUUCAGAUGCGUCUGCGACUCCGGUUAUCGCCUCGGCCCUGACGGCAAACAUUGUGUGGACAUCGACGAAUGCAUUAGCAAUCCGUGUCAAUUCGGCACGUGUUACAACACACCUGGAAGCUUCCGCUGCGAGUGUUUCUCAGGAUUUAGUUUGGGUCCGGAUGGGAGGUCUUGUCUGGACACGAGGAGGGACUUGUGCUACCAGGAGUACAGGGAUGGGCUGUGCUUCAACCCAUCCACGACAGCGGUCACCAAAUCUAGUUGCUGUUGCUGUACGGUGGUGACCGGUAAGCCAAUGGGCUGGGGCACGAGCUGCCAACCCUGUCCGAUGCCCGGCUCCACCGACUUCGACCUGCUGUGCCCCCACGGACCCGGCUCCACCUUCGACGGCAACGACAUCAACGAGUGCGCCCAAAACCCCAACAUCUGCCAGAACGGGGCCUGCGAAAACAUGAUCGGAACCUACAGGUGCAUAUGCAACCCAGGUUUCGAAGUGGACGAGACCGGAAAGAUUUGCACGGACAUCAACGAGUGCGAAAUUGAGGAGUUGAUAUGCAGCGGUGGCCAAUGCAGAAACACCCUGGGCAGCUUCCAGUGCAUCUGUCCCCCGGGCACGCAGCUCAACCAACAGAAUUUCAUGUGCGAAGACGUGGACGAGUGCAGGGAGCUAGGGCCUGAGGCUUGCUUCAACGGAGAGUGCGUCAACACCUUAGGUUCGUACAAAUGCGACUGCGACCCCGGCUCAGUAUUAGACUCAACUGGCAGGAUAUGCAUUGAUAACAGAAAAGGCUUCUGCUGGACGAAGCUGAACCAAGGCAGAUGCGAGAACAACCUGCCCAUCCCGAGCAGGAGGCAGGAAUGUUGUUGUUCCAUCGGUGUGGCCUGGGGAUCCCCCUGCGGCAAGUGCGACAGAAGCGAGUGCGAUUGUCCGAAGGGCUACGCCAAGGCCAACGGCAAGACCUGCGAAGACAUCAACGAAUGCGACCUGAACCCCGACAUCUGCGGCUCCGGAGGUAUUUGCGUCAACACCGAAGGCAGCUUCACCUGCACCUGUCCUCCGGGGCUAACUCUGGACGAAACUAGAACCCACUGCUUGGAUAUACGUCAGGAGCAAUGUUUCACCCGGUACAAACACGGAAAAUGCACCAACCCCAUCGACGGGCUGUUCCACAGGGACUUGUGUUGCUGUUCCAGCAUUGGCAAAGCUUGGGGGGAAAGGUGUGAGCAAUGUCCAAGGCCUGGGACGCCGGCUUUCCAAAAGUUGUGUCCCAAAGGUACCGGAUACUUGGAUAGGAAAGACAUUAAUGAGUGUAUCGAGUUCCCUGGUAUGUGCCAGAACGGCAGGUGUAAGAACACAAUAGGAGGCUACAGCUGUAGGUGCAACAAAGGGUAUGACUACGACGACAGCAGGAUUAAGUGCAUCGAUAUUGAUGAGUGCAGCAUCACCACAAGCAACGUGUGUGGAAACGGAGUUUGCAGGAACAUACCGGGUGACUUCACGUGCGAGUGCAACGAAGGUUUCAGAACAAUGGCACCAAUGCAAAUUUGCAUGGAUAUUAAUGAGUGCGAAGAAACUCCAGGUCUUUGCCGAGGAGGAAGAUGCAACAACACGGAAGGUUCCUUCAACUGUAUUUGUCCCCCGGGUCACGAAUUGGCUCCUGAUAAGCAGUCCUGCAAAGACAUUGACGAAUGCUCGAGGACAAGUGGUAUUUGUUCCAAUGGUGUUUGUGAAAACAUGAUGGGUACCUAUCAGUGCAUAUGUAAUGAAGGUUACCAGCAGACUGGUCUCAAAACUCAUUGCGAAGACAUUGAUGAAUGUGACUUGGAACCAUGUGAUGAUAUUUGCACCAAUACACCUGGCAGCUUCUCAUGCUCUUGUGGACCUGGUUAUGCCCUUAACUUGGAUGGAAGAACUUGCCAGGACAUAGAUGAAUGUAAGGAGAAUCCAAGGAUAUGUAAUGGAGGAAAGUGCACCAACAGCAUUGGCAGCUACAUUUGCCACUGCACAGAAGGUUUGGUUGCUGGAAGGGAUGGAACCAGCUGCAUUGACAUUGAUGAGUGUAGGCAAAACCCACACAUUUGUGGUAACGGUGAAUGCAUCAACACCUUAGGUUCAUACCAGUGCAGAUGCGAAGAAGGCUACUCAGUCAAACCUGAUGGACGAGACUCGAAGUGCACGGACGACGAUGAAUGUUACCUACAAACAGCAAACUGUCACGAGUACGCCAACUGCCUCAACCGACCCGGGUCGUACCAGUGCGUUUGCCAGGACGGUUUCACCGGCAACGGCAUCAGCUGCAGGGACGUGGACGAGUGCGUGACCAACAACGGGGGCUGCGACCAGAACGCCCGUUGCCUCAACAACGACGGUUCCUUCAAGUGCGAAUGCGACGCCGGCUUCAAAGGCGACGGCUACACGUGCGAGGACAUCGACGAGUGUUCCAACGACCCCAGUCUGUGCGAGAACGGACAGUGCCUCAACUAUCCGGGCUCGUUCAGAUGCGAGUGCGAAAUGGGCUUCAUGCAUCCCGAAGAGGGCAACCAACAGGCGUGUGUUGAUAUUAAUGAGUGUGACAUGUUCAACAAUCUUUGUGUGUUUGGCAAGUGUGAGAACACUUUCGGCAUGUUCAGAUGUGAGUGCAGGGACGGUUACAAACUGGAUGGUACUGGUGGAAAUUGCACGGACAUUGACGAAUGCGAAAGCCCGCAGUCGUGCUUGUACGGUACCUGUUCCAAUAUUCAAGGCAGCUUCAAGUGUUUGUGUCCUCCCAACUACGAACUGGUGGCUGAAGGGAACGCUUGCAUUGACCGCAGAACCUCCAGGUGUUACCUACAUGUUGAUGAAUAUGGUCGUUGCGAAGAACCAAGUGCUGAUUACGUAACCAAAGCAGCUUGUUGUUGCUCAGUAGGUAAAGCCUGGGGACCCCAAUGUGACCACUGUCCACCACAAGACAGCAAGGAGUACGAAAUCUUGUGUCCUGGAGGAAUGGGAUACAAACCUAAUGACCUUACCGUUGUGUUAGAAGACAUAAAUGAGUGCGAGGAGCACGAAAACAUCUGCCACAACGGCUACUGCACCAACACCUUCGGCAGCUUCAUGUGCUCGUGCAACGAAGGCUUCAGGCUGGACGAAACUGGGUUCAUGUGUGUUGACAUCAACGAGUGUCAGGAGUCUCCCGACAUUUGUAACGUCGGGGAAUGUAUUAAUGAGCCUGGAAACUAUUACUGCCAGUGUCCGGAAGGUUACAUGCCCCUCCACAACAGGAAGGAAUGCGUGGACAUGAGGAAAGACCUGUGCUUCCUGGAUUACAACGCCUGGCGUUGCUCUACACCGAUGACCCAAAACACCACCAAGAAACUUUGCUGCUGCUCCAUGGGACAGGCGUGGGGUCAGCCUUGCGAACCUUGCCCCAUUCCAGGCACCAGUGAACACGUGAGGUUAUGCGGCGCCAGACCCGGACAAAUCAUCAACCCCAUAACGAACGAAACGCAGGAGAUAAACGAGUGCGAAAUGAUGUCGACGAUGUGCAAGCACGGACAGUGCAUCAACACGCCGGGCAGCUUCGAGUGUCACUGCAACCGAGGUUACAUCUACGACGCCCAGUCGCAUCAAUGCAUAGACGACAACGAAUGUGUUAGGAACCCUUGCGAGGGCAACGCGCAAUGUAUAAACCUGCAGGGCAGCUUCGAGUGCAAGUGUCCCGAAGGGUACAAGCACGGGCAAACCAUGGUGGACUGCGUGGACAUCAACGAGUGUCACGAACGGCCCAAUAUUUGCCAGAACGGGGAGUGUAAGAACUUGCAGGGCAGCUUCCAAUGUGUGUGUAACACUGGUUACUACCUGUCACCGUCGAGGGAAGACUGCGUUGAUAUAGAUGAGUGCACGAGGCAACCCAACAUCUGCAACAACGGCACCUGCAUCAACAUUCCGGGCACCUACAAGUGCCACUGCAACAACGGCUUCAAACUCAGCAACAACAACGACUGCGAGGACGUCGACGAGUGCAGGAUGAUGCCCUUCUUGUGUAGGAACGGACGGUGCAGGAACAACAUAGGGUCAUUCUCGUGUGAGUGCCAUAAAGGAUACACUUUGGCUAUCGACCGGCAUAACUGCAGAGACAUUGAUGAAUGUCAAGAGAAGUCAGUUUGUCCUCCCCCUGGUAAGUGCACCAACGUCAUGGGCUCCUACGUAUGUACAUGUCCUGAAGGGUACCAACUCAGUCCAGACACCGGCUACUGCGAAGACAUAGACGAGUGCAUAAUGAACCCCGACAUUUGCGAGUUCGGUGAGUGCAGCAACGUCGAAGGUGGCGCCUUCUGUACGUGCCCCGAUGGUUUUAUACUCGACAAGAAUUCGAUGAAGUGCGUGGACGUCAGGAAGGAAAUGUGCUACGACGACUUCAGCAGAGGACAGUGCCAGGCGCCCAGAGGAAUGCAGAUGACCAUCAAGGAGUGCUGUUGCUCCAAAGCUGCGGCUUGGGGACGCUACUGCGAAAGGUGUCCACCCAUGAACUCAGAGGAAUUCCAAAAGUUGUGUCCGGAAGGACCAGGCAGGGAAGACAGUGGAACGGACUUGAACGAGUGCGAGCUCAUGCCCAACGUUUGUGACGGAGGCGAAUGCGUCAACACUGACGGCUCCUUCAGAUGCGACUGUCCAAUGGGAUACGUAUUGGACGAGUCCAAAAUGAAGUGCGUCGAUGACAACGAAUGUUACAGCAACCCCGGCAUUUGCGGUAACGGUACUUGCACUAACGUGCAAGGAGGUUUUGAGUGUAGUUGCAAUGAUGGAUUUGCUCCUGGACCCAUGCAGAUCUGCGAAGACGUCAAUGAAUGCCACGAAAUCGGAAACCAAUGCGCCUUCAGAUGUCACAACGUUCCAGGCUCUUUCAGAUGUAUUUGUCCUUACGGUUAUGCUUUAGCUCCUGAUGGAAGACAUUGCCAAGACGUAAACGAGUGCGCCACACCAGCCAAUAACUGCAAGUUCAUGUGCAAAAACUUAAUAGGAUCGUUCAUGUGCAUCUGCCCCGAAGGCUACGUCCAAAUUCCUUUGACUGAUGACUGCAGAGACAUCGACGAGUGUGCUGCCAAUGAAGACCUGUGCCACAACGGUCGUUGUGUCAACUUGCAGGGCAGCUACCGAUGCGAUUGCUACGACGGCUUCGAGCCCAGCCCAGAUGGCAAACGAUGCGUUGACAGAAGAUUGGACCUGUGCUUCCGCACCUUGGUGCACGGAAGGUGCGCCAACUACCACAACCAGCUGAAACAAGUCACAAGAGCAGACUGUUGUUGCUCCAUGGGAGAAGCGUGGGGAAGGAACUGCGAGAUUUGCCCUCCCAAAUUCUCACCUCAGUACCAAGAGUUGUGUUUGGAAAGUGGCUUCCUGGUAACGGGAGAAGAUGUGAACGAAUGCGAAACCAUCCCUGACCUCUGCAAAAACGGCCAGUGCAUCAACACCAUGGGUUCCUACAGGUGCAUCUGUAACAAAGGCUACAAACCUGAUCAUUCCGGCCUUUAUUGCCUAGAUGUCAACGAGUGCGAACACAGUCCUUGCCAGUACAACUGCCAAAACACCGAGGGAAGCUUCAUCUGUUCUUGCCCAGCUGGUUUCCUCUUAAAUCCGGACGGACAAACGUGUAGGGACUUGGAUGAGUGCGCAACCGGUCAACACUUGUGCCAACAGAACUGCAUCAACACCCAAGGAAGCUACAGCUGCUCCUGCGACAAAGGCUACAAUCAAAUCGGAGAUAAAUGCCAAGACAUAGACGAGUGUAAGGAGGAUCCAGGCUUGUGUCCCAAGCCUGGAACGUGCUUCAACACCUUGGGCAGCUUCCGAUGCAUCUGCCCCAGAGGAUUCAAGCUGGACGUGACCGGAACCUAUUGUUUGGAUGCGGACGAGUGCGAGGACGACUCCAAAUGCGUGGAGGGCUGUCAGAACAUAGUGGGAGGCUACAAAUGCGGAUGUCCUGAUGGGUUUGUGCUGCAUCCGUACUACAAUAAAUGCGUGGACGACGACGAGUGCGCCAACAACCCUUGCGGUGGAUCAGUGCAAUGCUUCAACACUCUUGGAGGCUACCGAUGUGGUUGUGCGGCCGGAUAUCAGUUUGAUAACAGGAUUAAUGAUUGUAUGCAGAUGUCCCAUGGGUGCAUGAAUUCUCCCUGCGCUUAUGGAUGCAUACCAAACGGUCCAACUGGAUUUUCUUGUGGUUGUCCUAGAGGCUAUAAAGCUUUUGAACAAGGACACUGCGUUACCACCAUCACACCUGCUGGUAACUACGGUGAUGACAUUGGAGACGUCCCAGUUUACCCCAUCAACGACAGAUUUAUUGGUGGUGCUAGCUCUGCCUCCAAUGACAAACUUAUCACCACCGAAGGAUGCUUCUCAUGCAAAAUAAACGGACGACACAGAAGGGACUCGAGGUCUGGCAAGUUGAAGCAGUCCGACCGCCAGGACAUGUUGGAACAUUUGUUCUCAAUAACUCCUGAGGAAAGGCGACAGCGACACAAGAGGCACCACCACGCUGAGCACAUAGAUCUCACCAUCAAGAUGUCCCAGACACGUCACAGGACGAGGAUAAUCAAAAUACAACCCUCAGUUAAGAGAGAAAUGAUCUAUAUGAUAGUAAAGGGCAACGAAAACAAUAAAUUCGAGCUGAAGAAGAGCCACGGGGUUUGGGCGCUCCACUUCCGGCGGCGGCUCAAACAUCCCGAAGUCUUCGAUUUGAUGAUCCACGGCAGACCCAUCGACACGUCCAGUGACGACGAAGAGAAGUACGAGAAACCUCUGACAUUAAGUGUACGGAUCACCGUAGUUGAGUAGUAGUCUUGUUUAGAAAAUUUAGAGAACAUUUUAUUAAUUGCACCAGGUUCGAUGUAACGCAUUUGUAAAUUAUUGUAUGAAAUAACCGUGGGUUACAUUGUAAUAUUCGUGAUACAAUAACAUUGUCAAAUUCUACACUGCCCCACUUUAUGUGUUCAAUUUGUGGCAGUUAACAAAAAUAACAAUUGUAUUCAGAAUUUACUGCCGUUUUCUGUUAGGAUAAUUUUGUAUUUUCAUUGUGUUCACUAGUAAUUUUAUUUUUAAUAUAAAAAAUACGAAACAUUCUCUAGAAAUAGUCAUGAAAUAUUACGGAGUUGUUCUGUAAUAAUUUAUUGAAUUUUACAAGUUUUAUCGAGUUUAUAUUUAUAAUUUUUGUAUAGAUUAUUAAAUUUUUAUUAGUUACCUAAUGGUAUAAUUCUAUAACUAUGUCUUUGUAAUAUAAUUGCUUUUAUUAAUAAAAUAUUUGCAUAAAA